AUGCUCCGUUCUGGGCCUCAACGGCAGUUUCGUGGGUUCACGCAGUACUUUACGCUGCGGACAGAUGCGGCCAAGGCCAAGAUAUCGUUGCAAAAGGCGCCUGGGUUCGUGGGACAUGCCAGCGACCGUAUGAUGAGGCCUUAUAACGAAGAUCGCAUCUUUACUGGCGUUCUUGAUCUGCCCGACUUGCAUGGCGAACACAUCCCGGUGUUUAAUUUUAGUGUUUUCGACGGCCAUGGGGGGCCCGAUUGUGCUGAGUUCCUGGCUCACAACUUGGCCAAGUACGUCGAGACAGCAGAUAUGGACUCCGGCCCUGACUUGUUCAGGUCCUAUGCAAAAGAAAUUGGCGGCUAUUGGCGAGCAUGGAAGACCUCCUUGGCCCGGUAUAGUCGAGAUCUGGAACGCUCUCAUUACGAUGACAUGCUGCUGAGAAUUCCACUAGCAUUUUUGCGAGCAGACCUCGACUAUAUAGGGACCGAAAAGAACAUGGGGUCUACGUGCACAUCCGCGUUUAUUUAUUCACUAGAAAGUGGCAAGAAUUUUUGGGAUAGAAACGUCCACGGCCUGUUAACAGUCGCCCAAGUCGGGGAUACCCGAGCAAUUCUGGGCGACACGAUGGGCAAUGCCCUGGCGUUGUCAACUGUACACCAUCCUUCAAACCCACACGAAUCUGACCGGCUUCGUAAAUUUUCCACGGGUAUAUUCCGUACCCCCAGCGGAGAAGAUCGUUAUUUACAAUACGCAAACACCCGUGCGUUCGGGGACUUUCAGGGAAAAGCUCAUGGUAUCACAGCAGAGCCCGACAUAGCAACAUUUGAACUCAAUGGUCAGAACAAACCGCUUCCCGGAGAAGAUGCUUUUCUCAUUCUCGUUUCCGACGGUGUAACAGACAAGGCCAGCGACCAAGAGCUGGUGGAUCUUGUUAUCCAAUCCGCCCAUUCGGGUGGAUCUCUUCGAGGCACUCCGCAAUCCGCCGCAAACGAGAUUGUAAGCUACGUUGAAAUGCUUGGCACCCAAGAUAAUGCAACAGCUCUCGUCGUUCGGUUAGGGGGAUGGGGUAACUGGCACAGCUGGACCGACAGAUCGGGUAGCCAUCGCGAAGAGCGCCUGAGAGAAGACAACUAUCGGCGACGCGGAUAG